AUGAAUUCUAGCUUGGCCUCUCUUACAAAGAAUUUUGGUGGUAACCACCCAAUUACGACUGAGUAUUUUAAGAAGCAAGGCUAUUCUUCAGAACAGAUUUCCUUAGCAUAUCACAAAGAAAUCUUUCCUCAUGAGUAUAUAGACUCCCAUAACCGAUUUAAGAAAACAGAAUUACCUCUGAUUAAUGAGUUUCAUAGUGUCUUUGGAGGUAAGAUUUCUCAAGAUGAUUAUGAGUAUGCUCAAAAGACAUCUAUGCAUCAUUAUGGCCUUGAUUCUAACCAUUAUGUAUCUGCUCCUUCUCUAUCCUGGGAUGCUAUGCUUAAGAUGACCAAGGUCAAGAUAGAGCUAUUUACAGAAAUGGCAAUGCAUGACUUCAUUGAAAAAGCAAAGCGAGGUG